AUGGGGACAGGCACAGCUGACAUAUUGCCCGAAUGUGUCAUUCGCAAAAUACUCUGUUAUCUUAGUUAUGGAGAAGCAACCCGGAUGAGAAUUCUCUCCAAAACAUGGCUACAGGCCUGGUUGACUCUUCCCAACUUGGCAUUCGGAGUCUCUUCUGGCGAAAGCUUAACAAUAGUGGAUAAAGUCACGAAGAGAUAUAGGGACGGAAAUAUCCCUAUUGACAGGUUUGAACUUCACAACUUUACGGAACCUGACGGUCUUUUCCCUCUGAUUGAUAAGUGGCUUGGCAUUGCUCUUCAAAAUGGUGUAAAAGAUCUAGUGUAUAGAGAUGUUAGAUAUUCAUCAUCAUACCCCUUCCCCAUUUUUAUAUUCUUGGCAGCAGAAUCUUUACGAGAACUAGUCCUGACGGGUUGUGAUCUGAUGCAUAUUUCGUUAUCUACUAGUCGUUUGGUGAACUGCCAUUCUUUGAGAAAGCUUUCUCUAUCUUGUGUCCAUUUAGAUGAGAACAUGCUUCAGACUCUACUCAUUAGUUGUCCAUUAAUUGACACUUUAAUCAUCGAGCAUUGUAUUGGUCUGAAUAAAAUUGAGCUCCGGAAUCUUCAGAAGAUCACGUCACUUACCAUUAAUAUUCACCGACGUGUUAAAAUUCAAGCACCAACUCUUGAACACUUGUCCUAUUCUAGUUAUUCUUUGGAAGAAUUGGAUAUUGUUGAAUAUCAUAAUCUGAAAUCUUUAGAGAUAUCAUGUAUGCAAAUAUCUAAAGGAUUUCUCGAGCACCUUAUCUCUAAACCUCACUUCCUUGAGAGUUUGAAAUUGGUUAAAAUUACUUCAGGAAGUUUUGACAUCUGCAGGAGUCAAUCCCUAAGGGUCUUAAAGAUUCAGAAUUGCGAGAUCAUAGGAACAAUUGAUGCUCCAAAUUUGCUAUUAUUUGAGUAUAAAGGACGACGUGUUAUUCCUCAGCUUAAAUUUGCAAGAGAAUCAAGCCAAUUGAAGCACUCACAGAUCAUUCUUGAUUCCUUGUACAAUUUAGAUGCUGCGUGGUUUUGUAAGUUGAGAAAAUUUCUAUCACAUUCGACCUCUUGGUCUCAAGUUACCCUUUAUUUUCUCAAAUGCAGUGAGAUCAACAUGAAAUAUUUGCAACUGCACCAUAGAAUUGCUACCCCACAAGUGGACAUUUUAGAUUUGAAGCAAGAGGAGGUAUUGCUGGUUUCAUGUGAAUUACCAAUAGUUACAAGACCACAGAGUAGUGUUCCAGAACUUUACUGUUUUUCCUUAGCCUAUGCUCUCAAUAUCCUGUUUAAUGUGGCUUCCUUUUUGGGUACCUUUGUUCUUGGUUUUAACUUCCCUCAGAUUAAAGAAGAAAAUAUUGGUGAAGAAUGUCGCAACUCUAUUGAAAGAAAGUGGCAACUUUAUCAUAAGAAAAUUGAACAGAAAACUUAUUAA